GAAGAGUUGACUCGACUGCAUGCAAAAUGUCUGUCGAAACGAUUACGACCAUCUCCCCUAUCACGAACAAGCCAAUCUUGACCAGAAAUGGCGUUUCUGCGGCUGGUCUCAAGCUCCUCCCUGAGGUGGCAACAGAAGCUUUCCUCAGCUUCCGGAAGACCACUUUGGCAGACAGACAAGCAAUUGUGAAAAAAGCACUGAAGCUUCUGGGGGACAAGCAGGAUAUACUGGCAAAAGAACUCACGGAGCAGAUGGGACGACCGAUUGCAUACACGGCAAAGGAAGUGACAACAGCGGUGAAGCGAGGAGAAUAUUUGCUCAAGAUCAGCGAAGAGACGUUGAAGGACACGGAGGGCGAGGCAGAAAAGGGAUUCAAGAGAUUUAUUCGAAAAGUUCCUGUCGGCCCGGUUCUUAUACUUUUUGCUUGGAAUUAUCCAUAUUUGAUUCUGAUCAACUCCCUCAUACCCGCCCUUCUCGCAGGCAAUUCAGUCAUUUUGAAACCUUCUCCUCAGACACCGACCAUCGUCGAGCAUAUCACUUCCAUUUUCGAAGAAGCCGGCCUCACCCAGAAUGUCAUACAAUAUUUCCACUGUGGUUCUCCUACUACAAUAGAGUCGAUUGUUAGGGAUCCAAAAGUAGCUCUCAUAUGCUUCACUGGUUCUGUAGCUGGUGGUUUGGCUGUUCAGAAAGCUGCGGCAGACCGCAUUGUGAAUGUCGGUCUGGAAUUGGGUGGCAAAGACCCAGCUUACAUCCGAUCAGAUGUCGACGUCGCAUGGGCUGCAGAGGAAAUUGUGGAUGGUGCGAUCUUCAACUCUGGCCAAAGUUGUUGCAGUCUGGAACGCAUCUACGUUGACGAAAAGAUCCAUGACGAGUUUGUUAAAGCUGUGCAAAGCGUUCUCAAGAACUACAAACUUGGCGAUCCCUUUGAUGAGAAGACGCACCUUGGUCCUGUUGUCUCGAAGCAUUCGAAGGAGACGAUCGAAGCCCAUAUCAAGGACGCACUAGAGAAGGGUGCAAAGGACGCCACUCCUGAGAAUGAUUCGUUUAAAUCUCCCCCUCCUGACGGGAAUUUCGUCAAGCCCACCCUUCUCACAAACGUCGAUCACAGUAUGAUUGUCAUGACCGAAGAAAGCUUCGGGCCUAUUUUGCCAGUAAUGAAAGUCAAGGGAGACACGGAAGCUAUCAAGUUGAUGAAUGACAGCGAGUUUGGGCUUACUGCCUCUAUAUGGACGAAGGAUGGUGAAAAAGGGGCUGAACUGGCGGAGCAGGUGGACGCAGGGACCGUGUUUGUCAAUCGUUGCGAUUAUCCAAGCCCUGAUCUUGCUUGGACUGGCUGGAAGAAUUCUGGGAAAGGUGUUACUUUGAGCAAGUUCGGAUUUGAGCAAUUUGUGAAGCUGAAAAGCCUCCACUUUAAGGAUUAUCCGAAGUAACGGGUCACAUGCAACGAUGACUUUGCUCCAUUGGCAUAAGCCAUAGGACCUUCAGCGGCACAAGGUCUCGGAAAUGUAGCCCGGACAUCGACGAUCUUAAACGACGAAGGUAUGAUAGUACGAAACUGGGCACUACCUUCGCGAUGGAGGUCUCUCCGACGUUGUGUUAUAGAAGCUUAUGCCUUCUAGCUGGCUCUAGAGUGGAAAACUAAAGUUGUUAUGAUAGCACAAGAAGACUUUGGUCGCCGACUCGUGCUUUGUCCCAAAACGUGGUUGUUCAACGGUCACCCCUUGCGGCCUUCGUGAUUGGCUCCCUUCGACGCCAUCCCUUGGAACCGCACCCUUGAUUGUCC